AUGCCGUCUCUUAAGUCCGCCGCCGCCGGUACCAAGUUCAGGAUGACCCUCGCUCUCCCCGUCGGAGCCGUCAUGAACUGCGCCGACAACUCUGGAGCCAAGAACCUGUAUGUCAUCUCAGUCGUCGGCUUCGGUGCCCGAUUGAACAGGCUCCCCGCUGCCGCCGCUGGCGACAUGGUCAUGGCGUCCGUGAAGAAGGGAAAGCCCGAGUUGAGGAAGAAGGUCAUGCCCGCUGUUGUUUGCCGUCAACGCAAGGCCUGGCGCAGGCGGGAUGGUGUCUUCCUCUACUUCGAGGAUAACGCCGGUGUGAUUGUCAACAACAAGGGGGAGAUGAAGGGAAGUGCUAUCAACGGACCCGUCGCAAAGGAGUGCGCCGACCUGUGGCCACGUAUCGCCUCGAACGCCGGUACCGUCGUCUAG